ACAGCUCGUGCGAUUGAAAGAAGGAGGGAAGCGGCAGCGGCGGCCGGCGGAGGAAAAUGGCGCCGAGCUCGAAAGCGGAGCGGGGCGGCGCCGCCUCGGGAGGGAAGCGGGGCGCGGCGGAGUCCGCGCGCGGAGGGAGGCGGGAGCACGUGGUGAGGCAGCUGGAGCGCGUCAAGAUCAGUGGACAGCUCUCGCCUCGACUUUUCCGUAAGCUUCCGCCCAGGGUUUGUGUCUCCUUGAAAAGCAUUGUGGAUGAACAUUUCUUGUGUGCGGGGCACAUUUUCCUGGGCUUCUCUAAGUGUGGAAGAUAUGUGUUGUCCUACACCAGCAGUAGCGGUGAUGACGAUUUCUCGUUCUACAUCUAUUAUCUUUAUUGGUGGGAGUUCAAUGUCCAUAGCAAGCUAAAAAUGGUGCGCCAGGUUCGGUUAUUCCAAGAUGAGGAGAUCUACAGUGACCUCUACCUGACUGUAUGCGAAUGGCCGAGCGACUCCUCCAAGGUCAUCGUCUUUGGCUUCAACACUCGCUCUUCUAAUGGGCUGCUCAUAAACAUGAUGAUGAGUGACGAAAACCACCGGGAUAUCUACAUUAGCACCGUUGCCAUGCCGCCUCUUGUGCACUGUCCCAGCUGCAGGGAAAUGGCCAUUGCACAUCCAGGUGACCCCAACGCCAAAUGCUUGCAGCACGGCUUCAUGCUGCAUACCAAAUACCAGGUGGUGUACCCAUUCCCGACAUUCCAGCCAGCGUUCCAGCUGAAGAAGGACCAAGUGGUGCUCCUCAAUACCAGCUAUUCUCUAGUGGCUUGUGCCGUUUCUGUGCAUUCAUCAGAUGACAGCAGCUUCUGCCAAAUCCUUUAUGACCGAAGUCAUCAGUCUUGGUCCCCUGCCGGUGAAGUCUGCCAUGCAGCUGCCCCCUCGCCGUGUUCCACCAGUUCAAAGGACGGGCUGGAAAGAGACAAUGUUGUUUGCCGGAGUGCAGCUGCGUCACAGCCAGGUGUUCCGGCGCCUCUGCAGGACAUCGAAGACCACGUUUCGCCCGCUGUCGCUAUGGCAAAGGAGUUUGUUGCAGACAUCUUCCGAAGGGCUAAAGAGGCCAAAGGUUCCACCUCCACAGAAGAGGAAGCGGCCAGCGGGCUGGAACACUGCCUUGACUCAGGGGCCACGGGCCACGGUUCUUUAGCCUCUUGGGAUCUCGGGAAGAGUUCGGGAUCUUGUUUGCACAGCAGUGGCAUUCUCGGCUCCGAGUCUUCUGGGACAGGAAGUAUUUCUGACACGGGAGGGUCGCCCAAGGAUUCUCCUGGUGCUGAGCUGGAAAGUGAGCCGGUAGAACCGGGCUACGUGAACUAUACCAAACUGCGCUACGUUCUGGAGCCCAGUGAACUCUUAGAGGCUGAGGAUGAAUAUGAGGAUGACAAGAUCUCUUUGCCGUUUGUCGUGACAGAUUUGCGUGGAAGGAACUUGAAGCCCCUGAAAGAGAGGGCUGUCUGCCAGGGCCAGUAUUUAACUGUGGAGCAGCUCACUCUCGAUUUUGAAUACGUCAUUAAUGAGGUCAUCCGGAACGACGCCUCGUGGUCCAAGCAGUUCUGCUCCUUCAGCGACUACGACAUCGUGAUCUUGGAGGUAUGUCCAGAAACUAACCAAGUGAUCAUCAAUAUUGGACUUUUACUCCUUGCUUUUCCUUCCCCUGACGAAGAGGGACAGCUCAGGCCAAAGACCUAUCACACCAGCCUCAAAGUAGCGUGGGAUCUGAAUACGGGUGUCUUUGUCACCGUAAGCGUGGGGGAUCUCACAGAAGUCAAAGGACAGACAAGCGGCAGCGUGUGGAGCUCUUACCGGAAGAGCUGCGUGGACAUGGUGAUGAAGUGGCUGGUGCCAGAAAGCAGCGGUCGGUAUGUCAACCGGAUGACCAACGAGGCCCUUCAUAAAGGUUGCUCCUUGAAAUUCCUUGCAGACAACGAGCGCUACACAUGGAUCGUCUUGUGAAGCUUCAGUAGUUCAUUCCCGGCCAUAACUGCAUUGGAUUCAACUACCUCCAUGUUUAAAAAGUUGUGUUGUUUUUUUUAAUUUCCCCACCCCUUGGCUGGACGGUCGCGAAGGCCUCUUUUGAGUUGGGUGGAACCCUCCCUGCCCCCCGGCUCCAUUGCCUCUGCAUGUCAGGCGGAAGUUGGAAGGCUGACCCAGGCGUUCUGAAAAGCCUUCUGCCCCUUGCGGGCUAAUCUGGCCAGUGGAAUGGCUGCUGCUGGUUUCCCAGGGCAGCAGCGACCGGGUUCGUACACACUUGGCAACACGUAAGGGAGGGAGCGCCAUCUAUAGGGGCUGUGUGGAAUGUCGAAGCAUUAAUGGUCUCUGUAGGAGAUGAAACACACCAGCUCUGUUGGCGUCUCGUCUGUGCUCUCACUGAAAAAGUGACACCCCCCUCCCCCACCAGUUUAGAUGCCAUCUCUCCCCCUCUCCCAGAUGGACCACGAAUGUGCAUUUCCCCCCCCCCCCUUUUAGUUUAUCCCAAGCAGGCUUUCAGUUACCUGCAAUAAAACAUUUAAAUUUGA